CAGCACACAAGCUGACACAAUACGCCAAAAGCGUGGCGGAUGGUAUUGGUGGGAUGUUAGGUUACGGACCAGUUUUUGGCGUCGCCAGUCCGUUCCCCUGGAUGUUGUCCGUCGAGAUGACCGGUCGCGCCAAUCAGUUCGAAAAACGAGCAACAGAAUAUCGCAAGGUGUCAGCCAGCAGCACCGCGCCGGCAGAGGUUGCCGACCUGCCAACUGUUGCGCCAAUCAGACUGCUGACGGGCGCAAUGGGCACUAUGAAAACCACGACGCUUCUUCUGGAAGUAAUCAAUGCCGCCCAUCAAGGAGCGAAGUUAUUAAAUUUAACACCUGUCGCCGACCAUCGUUCAGGCAGCACAAUCCGGACACAUAGUGGAAUCCAGGCACCCGCCCAACAGGUUGGAAACUUGUCUGAGGUGUCGCUGACCGGGCUCGAUUUAGUUGCGCUCGAUGAGGUACAUAUGAGGGACCCGGGGGAGUUGGUGACCUUCCUAGAGCGGUGCGGCAAUUCGGGUGUCCGCGUAAUUAUGGCCGGCAUUGCAGUGGACGGCCUCACUGGCCAGGAGUUCCCCUUUGUUGAAAAGUGUCGCGCCCUAGGUGUUAGGCGUGAGCACCUUUAUGCGGACAAAUGCAGCAAAUGCGAGGGGCAAAACGCGGGGCACUGUGUUCCGCAGUCUUUAUUCUUUCCCCGUUGCUACACGGCAAGUGACUGCGUUGGUGGGUUUGAAAAGUGGGAAAAUGUCUGUGAAGAAUGUGCAGAGCAAUGGCGUCGCGAGUGGCAGAAGCUGCAGGUGUACCAUGUUGACAGGGGUGGCGUGAAUGGUUCACCGGUUUGCCGUGGGUGUGGUUAUCGGUUUCAGGGCAAUAGUGCUGCGGGGGUUGAUCUGCUUCAAGUCUUCAACCAUUUCCAAACAAAGCACAGCGCCAAACAUGGCGAAAGGGUUGAGGUUUUCGACAGAGAGUGGGCCUUCUGCUGUGAGGCCACGGAAAACAAGGCAACAGGGCUCCAAGAUCCCCGCGCUUUAUGUGUGUCUAGCUGUGCAGUGACAGCGGAUCCGCGGAGUCCGCCAGGGUUAGAAAAGGCAUGAAAUCAGAAGGGCGGCAAGAUUGAGAGAGCCGCUACGGGAACACAGUAAGGAGGUCAACUGUCAAG